AGUGUCGGUAGUGUGCUCGCGCUUCGUAUCACGGCAACGUCGCUUCGGGCGCCAGAGAAUACCCGUGAGUGUAGCACUCGUGCGGCAACACACCCAAUGUUUGUGUUUUCGAAUUUUUCGUGAUACUAGGAGUGCUUGGAAGGACUGCUUGGCAGGGCAUGUAGCCGAGUUCGUGAAAAUACUUACGAGAUGUGGACGACGACGAAAACGACCAAGUAUGGCGUCGCUGUCUACAAUUGGCGAGGAGAGACACGUUAUGGACUUCCACUUGAAAUUGGAGAAACAGUACAGAUUUUGGAAGAAUGUGCAGGUUGGUACAGAGGAUUUUCCACAAAGAAUCGUGCAGUGAAAGGAAUAUUUCCUAGUUCCUACGUACACCUGAAACCUUGUAAAAUCGACAAUGAGGGCCUCUUUGAGUCUGUUAUCCCUUUGGAAGAUCCGGUCGUUCGGGAAGUUACCCUCGUCCUUAGAGAAUGGGGUGGCAUUUGGAAAAGGCUUUACGUGGAACGAGAAAUAUACAAGUUUAACACGCUGCGGAAAGUGAUGCGAGAGCUACUGGAAUGGCGACGACAACUUUUAGCCGGCACUCUCACCACCGACCAAACUCGAGAACUCAAACUUCGGAUUAUCAACAAGGUCGACUGGGGAAAUCGAAAACUUGGCUUGGACCUGGUACCACGUCAAGGUGCACAUAUGGUGGAUCCAGAUACUAUGUCCGUCGUCGAACUCUACCAUGUGCACGUUCAGAGUGCCGAAAACUCGCAAGGCGCAUCGGCAAGAGGCACUUUGAAGCGCAAAGAACAUAAGAAAGUUUUAACGCAUCAUCUUUAUUUCUGCAUGCGAGACUUUGGUCACUCGGUCGGCGAGGACACUGAGAUUUAUUUUUCUCUUUACGAUGCAAAAAGGGGACAGUAUUUGAGCGAGCGUUUCUUGGUACGAAUAUCGAAGGAAGGCUUCUCGAAUUACAUUGAAAAAUUACACAGCAAUUGUACGAUCUUCACGGAUCUUGGUAAUGCCGAUUUGAGCCGUGAUCUUUACAUGGUUGCGCACGUUAUGCGCUGUGGUAGAAUGCUAUAUUCUGAUUCUGGCAAAAACAAGGCAGGAAGUGCCGUUUACAGAAGACCUCAUGGGGUCGCGGUACUUUCUUUAGCUGAUGCUACUCAAGAUCACGCGGAGGAGCUUGAAUUGCCCUUUAAGGUAUACCAAGGUGAAGAGAAAGAGUUUCAUCAAUUGCACGACCAAAUUAUUCGUAAUAACAAGUGUACUCCACUUCCUGGUCAACCAAAUUAUGGUAUAAUAGUAUCCUUUAGAGUGCUUCACGGUGAAUUAUCUCAGGUGCGACAAGAAAAUCCAUUACUCUUCAAGAACAUUUGCCUUACGAAGAAGCUUGGUUUCUCCGACGUCAUAAUGCCUGGUGAUGUUAGAAACGAUUUGUAUUUGAAGCUCGAACGUGGUGAAUUCGAACGUGGUGGAAAAUCGACCGGCAAGAAUAUUGAGGUUACUAUCUUAGUUUUGGAUGCCGAAGGACAACCAUUAGAAGGAUGUUUGUUUGGCGCAGCAGGAACGGAUGGAAGUUCUGAAUAUCAAAGUUUAGUUAUAUAUCAUCACAAUAGUCCAUCGUGGGCAGAAACUGUAAGAUUAGCUAUACCCAUUGACAAGUUCUACGGCAGUCACGUACGCUUUGAAUUUCGUCAUUGUUCAACUCGAGAGAAAAACGAUAAGAAACUUUUUGCUUUCGCUUUUGUACGCUUAAUGGAACCUGGCGGUGCUACGCUUCAGGAUGGCUCUCACGAACUGUACAUCUACAAGUGCGAAGAACGAGCGAAAUUAGAUUCACUUAGCUACCUAUCUUUGCCAAGCUGUGCUCGAGAACCGAGCGCUACAGGUACAUCACCGUUCAGCAGAUCAACCAAAGAAGCUGUAUUCGUGCACACUCUUCUCUGUAGUACGAAGCUCACUCAAAACGUUGAUCUGUUGAGUCUCCUUCAAUGGAAAGCUCAUCCUGAACAUAUAUCUGAAGCAUUAGGACGAGUUCUCAGGCUGGAUGGCGAGGAAUUAGUAAAGUUCCUUCAGGAUAUAUUGGAUGCUUUGUUUUCAAUGUUUCAUACCGAGGAUGGUAAUUCUACGGCACAUUCAGGAUUGGUAUUUCAAGUACUCGUCUCAAUAUUCAGUUUACUCGAGGAUUCCAAGUUCGAACACUUCAAGCCAGUUAUGGAUGCUUAUAUCUCUGGACACUUUGCCGCAGCUUUGGUCUACAAAGGUCUUUUGAGUAGUGUACAACACUGUGCCGAUUGGGUGACAGCGGCUGAGAAACAGGAACCAAUAAUGAAAUGUUUCAGAUCUUUAGAAUAUAUCUUUAAAUUUAUUAUACAAAGCCGAUUGCUUUUUGCUCGUGCCACGGCCGGCCAAUACGAGGACAGUUUCAAAAGAGAUCUCUAUUGUGUUUUUUCUGCAUUGAACAAGAUGUUGGGUAUACCGUACGACAUGGUUCUAGUUUCACAAAUAGCUUUGCUACUUUCAAUCGCAGCUGUAUUCGAGCAAUUGGUAGCCGUAUUACCUGUUCUCGAAGUUGCUAAGUUAACGUGUACGAUGUUGGACUCUGUACCCCGAGAACCACCGUUACAACUGACACAAGCUAAAUUAAUUGCCAUCAAGAACUUAACAACGUCCAGUUUGUUUCGCGAAGACGACGAAAGUAGAAAUCUCUUAUUGGUAACGAUCUGUAGACAUCUGAGGAUUCAUUUGGCCAGACGAGAGGAACUUCGUACUUGCACUGAUAUUCUCGGUGAGAUACUGAGCUUUCUUCACAAGAGAGGCAGAGAUACGAAUAAGGUUAACAACUGUAUUCAUCAUGACGUCGAAACACUCUGUCUAUCCAUUCUCGACGUAUUGGUACAAACUAUACUCAUAGUAAUCAAUGCAAAUGGUCCAGUACUUGGGUGUUUAGUCGCCUGUUUGAUAGGACUACUUCAACUUUUGGACGAGUAUCAUUAUUCACGUUUAUGGGAGGAACUGUCUCAUGGUUCUGAACGAAAAGCCCUUAAAGAUUUUCUUGUGAGAGUCUUCUUAGUCCUACGCGAUCUCGUUAAGCAAGAAGUUUUUCCACCUGAUUGGUUGGUCAUCAGGAUGCAAGCUAACAACGUCAUAUUGAAAUCUUUGCAAGAGCUUGCUCAACCCUUGGCCUUUCGUUUUCUUCAUAGCAGUUUCGAUUCGCAACUUUGGUCGACGUAUUUUAAUUUGGCCGUAGCCUAUCUAACGCAACCUUCUCUUCAAUUGGAACAAUUCUCCGAAGUUAAACGCGAGAAGAUCGUUGAGAAAUACGGCGAUAUGAGAGUGCUGAUGGGCUUUCAGAUAUUGUCGAUGUGGUCGAAUUUGGGUGAUCGGAAGCUCGAAUUUAUUCCUGGUAUGGUUGGACCUUUCCUCGAGGUCACCCUUGUUCCAGAAAGUGAAUUGAGAAAGGCAACUUUACAUAUCUUUUUUGACAUGAUGGAGUGUGAACAACGUGCACGCGGUAGCUUCAAAUCCGUCGAAUCGGAACUUAUAGACAAAUUGGACAUACUCAUCAGUGAGAAUAAGGGUGACGACGAAUACAGACAAUUGUUCAAUACGAUAUUGUUGGAUAGAGUUCAGUCAGAGGAUCCAGCUUGGAAAGACAGUGGAACUGCGUUCAUCACGUCGAUUACUCGCUUAUUGGAAAGACUUUUGGAUUAUCGUAGCGUUAUACAGGGCGAUGAAAAUCGUGACAAACGUAUGUCAUGUACGGUGAAUUUAUUGAACUUUUAUAAGAAUGAGUUCAAUCGUAAGGAAAUGUAUCUACGUUACAUCUACAAGUUGCACGAUCUUCAUCUUGCCGCUGAGAAUUACACGGAAGCUGGAUUCACAAUGAAAUUGUAUGCCGAUCAAUUAGGAUGGGGCUCAAACGUUUUACCAUCCGAUCAUGCACAUCCUCAACAACCGGAAUGGCAAAGAAAGGAAGUCCUUUACCACAAGAUCAUUCAUUACUUGGACCGUGGUAAAUGUUGGGAAAAGGGUAUACCUCUUUGCAAGGAAUUGGCUAUUUUGUACGAAACCAGACUUUACGAUUACGCCAAGCUCAGUCACGUCUUGAAACUACAAGCUAAAUUCUUGGACAAUAUCUUGACUCAACUUAGGCCAGAACCGGAAUACUUCAGAGUUGGCUUUUACGGCUUAAGUUUUCCACUUUUCGUUAGAAAUAAAUUAUUCAUUUAUCGUGGCCUGGAAUACGAGAGAAUAGGGGCGUUCACUCAAAGAUUGCAAACUGAAUUCCCAAGCGCACAAAUAUUGAUGAAAAAUUCACCACCGGAUGAGAGUAUUCUAACGUCCGAGGGUCAAUAUAUACAGAUAUGCAAUGUAAAACCAAUACCGGAAGAAGGUAGUUUGGCAUGUAGCGGAGCAGAAAUACCAGAACGUGUGGUAGCAUUUUAUUUGGUAAAUGACGUGCGAAGAUUUACGUUCGACCGGCCACUUCAUCGAGGCCCUGUUGAUCGUGAAAAUGAAUUUAAAUCACUCUGGAUCGAGAGAACAACUUUAACUACCGAGGCGAAGCUGCCAGGUAUUUUGAGGUGGUUCGAAGUGAUUGAGAAAAGAUCGGAGCUUUUGGCACCAGUCCAGUAUGCCUGUGAAACGAUGCAAUCCGUCGAAAGAGAACUGAGAAGACUCGUUGCUCAGUACACAGCUGAGCCCCAUAGAAACAUCAAUCCGUUCAGUAUGAGGCUACAAGGUAUAAUCGAUGCCAACGUUAUGGGUGGAAUAACGAAGUAUCAGGAAGCAUUUUUGACUACUGAGUUCGCCAGGCAAAAUCCGGACAUGGUACCGCACGUGAAUCGGCUGAAAAAUUUAAUACUUGAUCAAAUGAGUGUCCUAGAGUCUGGAUUGGUUUUGCAUGGUCAAAUAGCACCUACCGGUGUUCAACCAUUACACAAAAGACUGAUCGAACGAUUCACUCAAUUGAAGCAAGGUCUUGGUCCACUUGCCAGACAGCGAACGAUUCAUCAGGAUAGCAUAGUCAAUUCACCAUUGCCACCCUUACCUAUCAACGAGAAACAAAGGCCAGCGACUUUGGAAAACGUAGGUUCAAGAAUGUCUCAUGCUGAGAGCGAUGGCCUACCAGAAGACGAAAGAUUUUAUUCUAGAGUCGAUGGUGCACCACCGCCUAUUCCACAACGAGAAGUAAGGCCAAGAUCCGUCGGUUAUGGAUCAACACCACCUAGACCUACUCAUCAAAGAACUCUAAGUAAACCAUUGAGUCCAAAAUUACCACUAAGGCAUUCUUUGCCAACUCCGACAGACGGGGUGGAUCAAAAUGGCUUGAGAAGUUCUUGGAGUGAGCCUGGUCCAGAACCAGCACCACCAUUACCACCUAGAGGCUGCACUCCCGACAAAAGAGAUAAUAAUACAAAUACUGUUGUACCUCCAGCACCACCAAAAAGAUUGGCAUACAAACGUAAUACAGAGUGGAGUACGGACGACGAUUCAGAAACUCAAAACGAACCGAACGAUCUUCGAGAUAGUGGCAUCUCAACGACCAGUUUGUUAGACUUCCAGUCUCACUUAACUAAUUUAAAUAAUCUCAGUUACGAGGACUGUGAACCACGCACAAGGUGUAACGACAUAAUGAACAUCUCACCACCAUCUAUGAUAAAUUCUCUCAAUGUUUCUACGAGUAGUUUCCCUAGUGGUACAUUCCAGGGAUCGAAUUCCCUUUCCGCUCAAGAGGUAAGCCCUCCUCCAAUUCCUCCUAAAGCUCAUCAAGAUACCCCAUCUGCACCAUCAACUUUGGAAAGGAGUCGAUCAGGUGGUUAUCAUGGACAUACGGAGAACUAUUCUGUACCAAAAAUGCAAACAUUGUCCGUAGCAUCGGACACAGAGAGUACUGUGUAGCAAUGACGUAUCUCCUAGUCCUUAGCGAUUAGUCAUAAUAAUAAUAAUAAUAAUAAUAAUAAUAAUAAUAAUAAUAAUAAUAAUAAUAAUAAUAAUAAUAAUAUUAAUAAUAAUAUUAAUAAUAAUAAUAACAAUAAUAAUAAUAAUAAUAAUAAUAAUAAUAAUAAUAAUAAUAAUAAUAAUAAUAAUAAUAAUGUGUAAGUGCCAUAGUCCGGCAAAUCCGAUAUCUUGGAUAGUUCAUUGUUAAGAUUAAGUACGAUUACAACAUCCCUUCUAAUGAUUCUAUAAUUGGUGAUGAUCUAAUGAUAAGAAGAACAAUAAUAAAGUAAAAAAAAAAAAAAUAAUAAAAUAAAAUAAAAAACAAAAAAAAAAAAGAAAGAACGAAAGGAAAAUUGGAAAAAAGAUUGAAAGAAAAGAUUGGAGGAUUUGUUUGGCAAAUCAUUUGCACAACACUCAAAAUAUACAUAUGCAGAUAGCGUUAAGAUGA